CUCCAAAAGUUACAACCACUACCACCACCAUCAUCAUUAGUGUGUGUGUGUGUGUGUGUGUGUGUGUGUGUGUGUGUGUGUGUGUGUGUGUGUGUGUGUGUGAGUGUAUCUCUCUCUUGCUUAGACAUUUUCAACAUUCCCAUGGGAAGUCGAUGGAUCUGCCAAACCCACAAUUAUACUGGAAAUGGAGCUACUUGUUAAAUACACCUUCACAAACAACAAAAAGCUAAGCACACAGAACACUGCUUGCCAAUAAUGCCUGUUGCUGGUCUUAGAAAAUAGACCUCUUUGACCAACAAGCCUUGCUUGUUUAAGUGUGACAAUGCUUAUUUUGCUAUGCUUAUAAUACUUAUAGUAUGACAGUGUCGUGCUCAUGUAUGUGUAGAGGUUCCAGUCUGUUUAGUAUCAGACAAGCAGACAAGCUAUUUCAGUUAGGAUUGCAUCCAGCUGUGCCGUCUCCUCAAAUUCUUCAGGUAUGCCAAGGAAGCACACUGGCCGAAAACGUUCUUUCCGUUUACACAAUAAACCACCCUGCUCGCUUGUACACUGUGGGUAUGAGGACUGACAUGCCUAGCAUUGCACACCCAGUGCCAGGCUCUCCUCUCUCCUGCCUCGGACGCUCCGAGAUAACAGGAGGGAGCUGAUCUCAGCAGCCAGCACAGAGAUAUGCAUCAACAGAGCAUGGCUUUAUCAUCUCCCUGUGAAAAGUGAUAACAUGUUAGCGGUGUUGCUACAUUGCAGAACGUUUUCAUUCUAAACUCAAUCCUCAACAUCUGGGGUUGACAGUGGGCUGAAGACCCUUUUGAGUAUGAAUCACUGAACAUGCCAUAUCAACACAACAUGUUACCAACAACAACAUAUUACCAACAACAAGCAACUGUGAAAUUAUGUAUUGUGGAGGUAUUUUCAAUGGCAAUGUAAUUGAUGUAAUAUUCUUGGGUCUUUUAUGCAAAUUGUGAAUUGGUAUGACAUAUGCAUGGCAGAUCAAUGUAAGAGAAAGGAAAACAGGAAGAAUCCCUCAAACCCCUCAGCCUGUCAACUUGGGAACUGUUGAAUGAAGGCCAACACUAAAAGGUUGAGUCACUCAUUUCCUGUAAACCACAAAAGAAGGAGGUCUUUAAACAGAUACCCAAGACUUAUGGUCUGCUGAGAACACACAGUCAACAGAUGAGACAAAUCACUGCAGUCGAUUUAGUUUGCAAAUUGCAAGUUGCAAACGAUCAUUUUUAUUACAGAUUAUCCAGAUGAACACAUUCAAACCAGGCCACAAAGAAAAGGCAAGGCGUCUGAGUUUCUUCCUCAUCCUCUGCUUUCAUGUGGCCAGGGCCCCUCCACCGGGUUCAUGCAAGCACUCCGUUACCCAGGACCACCUUCUGACCCUCCGCAAACUGAUUCAAAACCAGCUAUCAAGUGGCUGCUCAAUUAGAUAUACUUUCAUAGAGCGGCAACAUAUGAGUGAGGUUUGUUACAUCAAAGCUGCGUUUCCACAGAUCCUGGAUUUACUCAAGACACAUUUUCAAUAUGUCCCAAAAUCAGACAACAAUGACUAUGUUACGGCCUUGGAAAAUGUCAUUUAUAACAUCUACACCCACAAAUGCAUUCCUGAAAUCAACGAGGAAGAGGAGGACAAUCCUGAGAAGUUCAUGAGUGACUACAAUACAUCGCCUCAAGAUGGUCUGCAGAAAGCCCAUGAUGUCCUGUCUAUGUACAUGAACCUGAUGACGGAGAGCAGAGAGCCUUUAGACUGGAGCUGCGAAGAAGAGUAUGCAGUGGAUGUUCUUGAAGCCCAUGAUGUUCACCACCAUACACAAGGCACUCCACUCUGUCACUGUCCUUCCACAGAAGAGUGGCCAACCACUUCAGAAAUCUAUGCAGCGACAAGCGAACAGACAGGCCGACCUCCAUCACAGUUCACAACAAAGACUCUGGAAGGAUCCUCUCAGCCACACCAUACUACAACAGCCACAGCGUGGUCAUCCCAAACAGCUGGCACUGCUGACGACCACACAGACGUUUUGGACUCAAAGGGACAAAAAGGUGGCAGAACCUUGCAUAGUGAUCUGCUCACUGGACCCACACUUAAACCAGUGACAGAGUGAGACCUGUAUCAUGGGGGCCCAUAUAAUCCAACAUUCACAAAUCAAUGCAAAGUUGCCUGAGAAGCUCCUGUUUUGUUUGGUCGGUCGAGCUAUUCUGUUCCUUGUCUCCAAAGCCUAUUGGAAGAUCUGCAGAAACUAUGGAUGGCCAUUUUACCCAGUCUUUGAAACCCUCAUGCAAAUGUGUAAA